ACGUAAAGAUAGAUACAUUGGGGAAAGUGAACUAAAAAUUAUCGUAACGAAAAUUUAAGCCAUUUAUGAUAUGAAAUUUCUUGGUUUCAUCUUUUCUUUAACUAUUAAAUAUUCAUGUUUAAAGAAAAUUGUUCAUUCUCCAACGAUUUUCAAUUAAACAAAUAGUUAAUAAUUUAACAGAGGGACUAGGUGGAGCUAGUUUAAAAUUUACAUUAUCGUAGGUUACCGAGCAACGAGACGCUCUCUUUGGAAUACAUUGCUGAGUUAAAUCGACUUUUUGUAAUCAUAGUCAUUGAUUAGUUUCUAAUGUGUUCUGCUUGAGAGACCGUAUCAGUUUAAGAGAAUGUUUAAUAAAAACGUCCAAUAUCCUUCUUUUUAAUAUUGAUAAGAAAAGAAAGAGAAAGCUAUGCCGAAGAGUCCUAGCAAUCGUAGUAGAUUAACUUUAGAUACUGAUAAAUUCUCUGAUAAAUAUUCAAAUUAUUCCGAAAAUUUUGAAACGGAUGAUGGAAGGAGUACGAGAAUUACUGAAGAUCAGAAAGUUCACGGAAGGCUCACUAAAAAGACUAUGGGUAAUAAAGGACGUAGGACAAAUCAGUCUAACUAUUCUCCUCGUAAUCAACACACGGGAAUGAAGAGAAAAUCUCCAAGAUUAAUGAAAUCAUCCGAAUUUCGGAAUCGAAUUAAUGAAUUACAAAUGGAAGUGAAAGAAGUUAAAAUGGAGAAUGCAAUUUUAAAGAAACAGCAAAGAAUACAAGAAAGAUCAAUUUAUAAAUAUGAACAUGCGCAUGCAAAUCUACCAUCAGUUUUAAAAAGUCAAAUAGCCGAGUUACGCAAUUUACAAGAGCAGUUGAGAAGGCAAGAAGAUAUUGAAGAGGAAAUUAAUGAUAAAUUAAAAGAUGACGAUUUUGAAAUAAAUAAAUUAAAAAGAGAAAUAAAGAAGCUUAAAAAGAUAUCGGAAGAUAAUCAUAUUCAAGAAAGAAUCGAUUUACAAUCAAAACUUGAAAAAGUAGAGAAAAAAGCAGCAGAAGCUGAGAAAAAAGCCGACAGUAUGGAACUUUGCCUCGAAAACUCUAAGAAUAAUCAUAGUCAUGAAAUUAAAUCAUUUAAGGGAAAGUAUAAGAGAUUACUUCAGAGAAUUGAAGAUAUGGAAGAGGAAGCUGAUAUUCUUAAAGUUAAAUUAAAGAAACAUUUGGCGAAAAUAUCAAAGUCCAUAGUAAAAAGUACUCGUUUUUUUAGAACUGAGAAAGAAAAAGAAUUGGAUAUUAGAAAUGUCUAUAGUAGAAGAAUUGUAAAGAUUCCUCAUAAAUUACCUAAAUCUGUUUCUCCAGUACUUUCCUCACCGCGACAUCGUUCCGAUUCUCUUAAAUCUUUAGGAAAAGAGAUUGAGAGGAGAGGAAGAGAAAAUUAUUUCAUUUAUGAUGGAAAAGUUCGAAAAAAUUACAAAAUUAAAAAAGAGGAAUUUGAAAGGGAUUUAAGGGAAAAAUUUGUCGAAAUUGACAAAUACGAUUAUAAAAUGCAUGAAAAUCAACGAAGAGAAAAAAAUGGCUCUCCGUCAAAGAGUCCUUAUGGAAGAAAAAAUUUUGAUAUUGAUAAGAGAAGACAAGAUGAGAUACGAGAUCAAAAUGAAAGAGACGAAUUCGAAGAGCUACAAAAGAAGAGUAAGGAAUUAGAGGAAAUUGCAUAUAAAGAAAGAAUACAAAAAGAAAGAAAAGAACAAGAAGAAAUUGAUAAAAAACUCAAGGAAGAAGAAGAAAAAAGGAGGAAAUUAGAAAGUGAGAAAAAAGCUCGCGAGGAGAAAUUAAAAAACGAUAGAGAAGAAAAGGAAAAGGCAAAAGAAGCUGCCAUUGCUAAGGAAAAGAGAAAACAGUUGAAUGCUCUUAAGGAAAAGUUAGCUGCAAUGGACGCUAAUAAAAGUCAAAAUGAAAAAGACGAAGAUCUUUGGAAUAGACCUGUAAAUGAUAUUAUUAAAGAUGAUGAUAACUCGUACUAUUCUUCAUUCUCCUCUUCUGCUAAAAAGCCUAUCAAAAAGAAUUUGCUAUCUAAUCAGAAUUCGAUUGAUACUAAUAAAAUCGAAUCACCAGAGAUAAAUACUCAAUCUAAUAAACCUAAAGGAAGAACAAAUUCAAAAACACCACCAGAUAUGCUGGAUGAAAUAGAAGAUCAAGUUGAAGAAUUGGUGCUUUUAUAAAUAAUACGUCAGUAUUUUUACUUCCUCAGCAGUUCUCAUACUAAUCAUAAUAAUUUAACGGAAUUUCAACAUGCAGAUGUUAAUUUAUGAAUUCAAAGAUAAAGAUAUCAAAUCAUAAUUUAUAUUUUUACUUUGCCUAAAUAAAGGAAUAAAUGUUUUUAUAAUCAAUUUCUUCUUUUUCCAUUUAAAUAUAGAACAUAAUAAUUAUAAUACUUAUAAUUCAUACUUUCUAAU